CGAUCAGACCAAAGCAAGACAAUCCUCGAGCAUGUCCACUUGAAGACGCUGCCUCUCGGGUCUGCAUGCUCCAAGACUGCUUAUAAGUCACUGGCUGACUGCUUUAUACACCUGCUAUUGGCUAUGUCGAGUCACGGUAUAACAGACAUGACGGAUGUUACCGCUGCUUUUAAAAAAGCCUGUGAAGAUGCCCUCGACCUUGGCGAGCUCAUCCGUCUCGAGACAUUUCAGCUGCAAGAUUCCAUUGCAGCUCUCGAGAUUAUGGAUCCAAAGAUGGAUAAUGGUGUGAUUGAUGCAAAAGAGCUGGCACUCGGCUCUUAUGAUUGCAGCCAGGCAUUGAGCCCACAAGAAGUCUUGAGCAUUAUGGAUCAGUUGCUUGCGAGUGAAAUGGCAUGGCAGACAGGUGCAAGCCUAGCACAGACUCUAUUCACUUGUGUCUAUGUGCAAGCACUACUAGGCCCUCGCCUGCAAGAUCGUGAUCCAUCCAAAUACCGACUCGAUGAUCCGUUGCACGAACAUGUGCUAUUCCCAUACGUGGCAGCAACGAUUCGUUCAUGUGAGUUUGUCAGAGAGGAAUUCAUGGCUGGCAGGUUAUAUGACGAGGAAGACAUCUCUGCGCAUGACUUUGACGAGCGUAUGCUGAGUGAUGAACCGAGUCAUACCAUUCAGGCACUCUUGACAGAUGGCAUUGCUUGGUGCAAGGCACAGCAACUGGAUCAUCUUGCCUUGCGGCUGCAGCAACGACAGGCAUGGCUUCAAUUGACAAGUCAAAUGAGCGAUGCCACAGCACUUCAAUUGAAUGCGCGGACAUUGGAAUCACUACUUACAGAAAUGACCAUUCCCGCGUGUACGCUCAAACCAGACACGCUGGCUGCCAUCUUCAACCCGACGAUACAGCGUCGCUUCGCAAGUACAACACCACCACGUCCCAUUGUCACCAUGUCUGUUGAGGCUGCCGUUGACUUGCUGAAACGCUUAUGUGCAGAUAUGGCACCCUUGAAGGUCAUCUCAAGUGAUGCUCGGCACAGUCCUGCUGUCAUGCAUGCAUACUUUGAGGUUCUUCGAUGCAGAGAACUGCCCUAUCUACCACUGACACGGUCACUCAUGCAAAGACACUUCCAAGAAAGUCCAGGACUCAAAGCGCUUCCUGAACAAGAAAGGUAUCUCAUCAAUGCAGUACAAGAAUUGAGUGGCAAGCGACCCGAGUACUUUGAUGCAAGUCUCGCGCGUGUCGAACAACCCUCCGACAAGCGAUUCAAGAUUCAUCAGCUCAUUACGAUGCUGCUUCAACGGGCAACGCCACCCAUCCUUGACCUAUACCGUAUCUACUGGCACAACCCAAGCAGACAACGACGCAAUUUAUGCAAAGUUCUGCUCGAUUUAGAUGUGCUGCAAGGAGAGGCUGAGCUGCUAGAUACUGAACUCGCCUCGCUCACGAAAGAGCAUCCCAAACAGCUUACCAACGGACGAACCAGUCUCUCAUACACCUUGUCCUCAUGGCUCUUCAACACAAAACUCGAUGUCAGUCUCAAGAUUUGGUUUAUGGGUUUUGAGCAAGAGUUGUAUCGGCCGUGGGAACUCGAUCUUGUGUACCUGCAGCUGGAACACUUGAUUGCACUGCAAAUUGACCAUCUCAAUACAAUUUACCUAGAUCGUGUACCAGCAUCAGAUCAAAAGGUGCGAGAUCAUUUGGACAGUGUCAUCACCUACAAUGAAGUCCUCAUUGUCAUGUGCAGAGCUUGUAUCGAUCUCUUGAAGCUUCUCAAAAAGCUCAAACUUAUCCAGGAUGACAGAUGCCCCUUUAGCAGUCGUGCGCUCUUGUACGAAUACCGCAUGAAACCCUUCAACCUACUCGUAUCACCGCCUGCACUCACCUGGCAAGACACACGGAGCUGUCUCGAUACCUCGGACUUGACCGCUCAGCAACUCAAAAAGAAUGCUGCCGACGGCGUCCAUCAAGGCAGGCUACAGGCAGCUGCGGCAAUGAAGAGCAGUCCCUCGCCGCUCCUGUCAAUCUUGCCAGAGGUGCUUGACCACCAGCGAGCAGAGAUGAAGGCUAUGGUGGCGACAUGCAUCUCCAAUAAUUUGUUCCUGAGCCAACUUUCCCAACAAAUGCAAACGGGCAAAGUCGGCAGCACGAAGCUUGCCAUACGAUACCCCUUCACCAAGCACUUUCCUGUAUUUGGAUUUGAAUCAUAGAUGUUUCCAUGAGGUAGUUUGAUUACCUAGCUACAGCAA